AUGGCUUCUUUGGAUGACUAUAUGAUUCAGAUUCCUGCAGAUGAAUGGUCACUUCUAGGCUUUCUUAUUUUUCGCAAGAGACAAGAUGAUUUCUCAGGAAUAAAGGAUAAAGAACAUUACAGAUUCCAAAUGAGUUUGCUAGUUGUGCAGUCAUGCGAUAUAUUCACCACAGUUAAAAAGGCAAAGGCAACAUAUUGCCUCAACAAUUUCAAGUCAAAAUUAAUCACUCUUGAGAAUAAAAUCAAGAUUUCUCAAAAAAAGAAAAAUUUGUUGGUUGAACGUGUGGCCCUUCAGCAUAAACGACCAGCUGAGGAAGUUUCUCUUAUCAUUACAACUCCUUCCAACCUUCGUAUUUAUUCCCUUCCUCUAUUUUAUAAUAACGAAGAUAAUUCUUUUGGUAAUUAUAAUAAAGAAUCAAACGAAGUUGAAGAUGCAUCAACUGAGGCCUUUCCAGAUGAGAUAAAUAUUUUGACUAGUGAGAUAAUAGAUAUGAGUAACCAUUUUACUAAUCUAUAUAUUACAUUUCAGGAUAAAGAGGGUGUAGAGUUAAAUGAUUUGAAAUUUACUGAUUUUUCAAUUUUGAAUGAAUCCAAAAAGUACAUUACUGAGAAAAUUAUAAUUGAUCAUAGUUCAAAUCAUGAUUGGAUCAUGAAUGAAUACAAUAUUUCUGAAGACUUUCAUGAAUUUCAAACACAAACAGUAGAACAGUUAAAGUACAACCCAUUCUUCUCGUAUGCUACAGAAGUUGACAAAAUAUUAUGUCUCUCUUCGAUAAUGUAUGUAAAAGAAGACAAACCUGAUCUACUAACCUCUGAAACAUUACCAGUUAUUGUUAAGCUCAUGAUCUUAGAGUAUAGCGAG